GAACUGACGGAGACCCAAUCUCAGAGUCGGCUUAAAACGUGACAUUUUUCAAAUUUCUAAAAACAAAAAUGGAGCAGCAAAUUAACAUACCUGAAAUCAAAAACGUUUUAUCAGAGUGGUGAAAGAGAGAACCUGUUGCCGUGCCGGCUGGCUAUUCAUAUAUAAACUCUGCCUUCACCUCAAAAGUGGCGAAUCAAGGAGGGUCAAGCGAGUUUAAUAAGCUUAAUAGCCCGGCUGGCGGCAGCGGCGGCGGAGGAGGAGGAGGAGGAGGAGGAGAAGAUGAUGAUCAUCGAGAUGAGAGUUACAGUCAAGAAAUAGAAUCGUUUUUGAGUUACAAUCGAGCUGGUGAGAUGUCUGCAAUGGUUUCGGCUCUUACACGAGUUGUUUCGGGUUCGGGUUCCGGGCAGCAAGCUGGCGGUCAAGUUACGACGUCGCAUGGUGGUGGUGCUUCUUCUUCUUCUUUAAGUUCUUCGGCUUAUUCUUCUUCUUCUUCAGGUUCUGGUUCGCCGUUUUGGAUUGGACAGAAGAGAGGACGAGAAGAAGAAAGCUUAGCUGAGCCCGUUCAAAGGGUUUUUCGAGGGUUCAGCCGUGGCGACUCAUCUUCAGCCGGUGCAACUGUAACUGAAGAACCAACAGCCAUUGCGGUACCACCACCGGCGGCCAGCACAGCUGUGGUUACUCCAACUACAGCGGCGACUGAGAGUAGUGUGUCCUACGAACAAACGGGGGAGCGAAGAAGGAGAUACAGGGGAGUGAGGCAGAGGCCAUGGGGCAAAUGGGCUGCAGAGAUUAGAGACCCGCAUAAAGCCGCAAGAGUCUGGCUGGGCACCUUCGACACCGCCGAGGAUGCCGCCAGAGCCUACGACGAAGCUGCCUUGGGGUUCCGUGGCAACCGCGCCAAGCUCAAUUUCCCGGAAAAUGUUCGACUUGUAACUCCCCCACAACCCCAACAACAACAACAACAGCAAAAUUUACCGACCGGCCGAACGCCUCUAGGAUCCUCUUUAACAUUAUAUCAAACUCAGCAACAAGCCACAAUGACGACGAUAACAACCGCCGUUGCACCGCCGCCAAUGCCGCCGUUUUUUAUUUCGCAAAAUUAUCAAGACUAUUAUAAUUACUCUCAACUCUUGCAAAAUCAACCCUCUCAAAUCUUUCGAAACCAAUCCCCGAGUUUGUUGCAACAGCUCCUUCAGUCGAGUACUCCAAUGGCUUCCUCCGUUCAGUCGCCCUUUUUAUCUUCGUCAACUUCUUCGUUUCAUUUAUUGGGGCCAUCAUCAUCUUCAGGUUCGUCUUCCUCCUCAACAUUUCCUCUGCUUUUCGGUCAGCAGAGUUUCCAAAGGCCACCCCAGAGCGAUACUAAUCAAACUGAAAGUAGCGGGUCAACUUUUCAAGUGCCGCCAUGGACGGAUUCAAGUCACUAUCCUCCUCCUUCUUCAGGUUGAUGAUAUUGAAUUUUCCGAUCAUAUUUUAUUUUUCAGAAACAAAAUUUUUCACCAUUUUUUUUUAAUAAUUUGCAUGUAAUUUUUGGUUUAUUGGUGUUAUUUAAGUAAAUUAAUCAGUUUUGAGGAAAAAACAAAGAAGGAUUUAGGAAUUUUCAGAUUUUGAUGUUUACGUUGUUGCUGUCCGCUACAAGCUUUACAAUUUAUUCUUAAAGAAGGGAAAAAAAAUUCUUUAAGAAUAUAUUUCGUUUCUUUAAUUAUUCAGUUAAUCCCGAUUUCAUCA